ACAUCGUGGGACAGAUUCUGGGCAGAUCUUUACAGUAAAUUAAUUGGCGCCAAGCAUUUAUUUUUAGUUUCUUUCUCCCUCCCCUCACCCCCAAGAACUAGUGAGGAGGUCAGGACCAUUUGCAGCCUUGUGACAUGGAAGGUGGGUGGGGUGUCAUCAGGGAGGAGCAAGUACAAAGCCAGCAUCUACAUCAGCAGCUUUUUCUAGAUGAUUCUUCUCCUUCCGUGUAGGAAAUUAACAAAGAUUAGACAACCUUUGUAAGGAAGGGAAUAGGAAGGAAGUGUGGCCUGAAGUAUUCUACUAUCUGCUUUCUAGGGUGAUCUGAACAUUCAUUCUUGCCAUAGCUUAGCCCUGGAUCUUCAGAAAAGACUGAGGACAGAGAUGGGAAGGAAGAAAGGAAGGGAAUGAGGGGGCUUUGAGUGGCUCCCACCUUCACCCAACCCUACUCCCAGUUCAUGAAUGGGGGGAACUAGUCAAAGUUAUUUCCCAAAGCAUUUAUCUAACAAAGAAUGAGGAUUAUUCUGGUAAUACCAGCCAGAUGUUAUCCCAGUGAAGAUGGAUUUCUGUAGUUAGGACAGGCUAUUAUUACUGUAUGGAAAUGUUCUCAGCUUCUGUUGAUUUGAAGAAUGGAAGGGAUGGAAGAGAAUCGUGCCUUUAGUCCACCAAACCCUGAAUCAAAGCAUGGAUUGAGCUGCUAAAAUGCUACUCCAUUUUGAAAUCUCUCUCCAAAUGUGCAACUCUCUAAAGAGGAUGGCUGAGCAAAGACCAAGCUUCAGCAUGAUGGAAGACCACACUGGGAGCCAGCAGAUCCAUUCUGGAGAACCCUUCCAGGUGGGAGGAGAGAGGAAAGACAUGCCUUCUCAAGGAGGUUAUACUCUGCUGCAGGACAAUGAAGAUGACACAGGGCAUGGCUUGAAAGGAUAUUCUCAACACAUCCCAGCCGAUGAUGGAUCAGAUGAACAGGUCUCUGAAACUUCUGCUAAGAGCACUCCGACUACAGAAGAUGUGACAGCACCCUUAGUGGAUGAGCAGGAACACGAAGAUCAGACUGCAACCCAGGUGGAGAUACCUGAAGGAACCACAGCUGAAGAAGCGGGUAUUGGAGACACACCUAACCUGGAGGACCAAGCAGCAGGAGAUGUUUCCCAAGAGGAGUUCAGAGUCUCAGCAGAGUGUCAGAGGGAGGAAUCAGAGAUCCUGGACUUCUUAGCCAAUGAGAUUAAAUCCCAAAUGCCUCAGGUAAGCCUGGAAGAAGCAUUUCAGAAACCACAGAUUCCUUUGAGGAAAACAGAAGCUGAGGAGCCAGGGAUGACUGUCCCCCUUGCCUCUCAGGACAGUUCAAUGUACUCAGAGGUGCCAAGGCUGGAUGGAGACAAAGCUGAGCAGAGUUUGACAUCUCCUGAGCCCGCUGUGUUGGAAAGCCCCAAACCUUCAGGAUAUUUCAGAGUGGGGGUUGAAGGCUCCGAGGUCCACCAAAGCUUUCUUAGUGAACAUUAUGGCGCUGAAGCCAUUGGCCAAGGUGCCAUUAAUAUGCCUGGGGAAGAAGUCUCAGAUAGGUCAGCAGGGUCUAGACCAUCCCAAAGCCCUGGGGAUUACCCAUCAGUACUGCCUGUGAAAGAAAGGGCCGUGGUAAGGGAGGAUGAUGAAGAUCGUGACGUCGAUGAAUCCUUACCCCAAGAUUCACCUCUCCCUCCUCAGCUUUCUCCAAUACCAGUGAGCUUACAACCUCAAGAAGUAGCUUUGCCUUCAGUGACUUCCAGAGAAACUGUUGCAAUCCCUCAUUUACCAGUGGAACAUCAUAUCAGAAUUCCUCUGCCUGAUGAUUUUCUCUCCAAAAUUUCCCCAGAGAUGCCCGUGAUUGAAAGAGACCUCCCUGCAGUAGGCCAGGUAGCAACUGAAGGUAGUGAUGGACUCUCUAGUUUAGAAUUAUCUGAGGGUGUGUUCCACGUGGAUAUCAAACCUAAUAUCCCAAAGGAGCAAGAAUUUUCAGAGUUGGGCCCAGAAGACUCAUUGAGUGGGGAGCCGGGGAGCCCAAGUGCCUCAGUGGAGGUGGAUGCAAAAACGCCAGAGAAGCAACCUGUACGCUCCCCAUCCGGGAAGCCAGUCAGUCGAGUUCCUCAGUUAAAAGCUCGUAAAGGCAGUGCAACUGGAAGUGACGAGAAAAAAGCCAAGGGGGCGGAGACUAAAAGUGGAAUGAAAAUGGGCACUCCCAGGGCAGCGGCACCUUCGGGGCAGAAAGGACCAGCCAAUGCUACCAGAAUCCCGGCAAAAACAUCAGCCCCAAAGACACCUCCGAGUGCUGGUGAAUCUACAAAAUCUGGAGACCGAAGUGGCUACAGCAGCCCAGGUUCCCCAGGGACUCCUGGCAGCCGGUCCCGUACUCCCUCUCUGCCCACACCCCCGACCCGGGAGCCGAAAAAGGUGGCAGUGGUCCGUACACCACCCAAGUCCCCAUCUUCAGCCAAGAGUCGCCUUCAGACUUCUACAGUCCCCAUGCCAGACUUGAAAAAUGUCAGGUCCAAGAUUGGGUCCACUGAAAACUUAAAACAUCAGCCAGGAGGUGGAAAGGUGCAGAUAUUUAAUAAGAAGCUGGAUCUUAGCAACGUCCAGUCCAAGUGUGGCUCAAAGGAUAAUAUCAAACACGUCCCAGGAGGAGGCAGUGUGCAAAUAGUAUACAAGCCAGUCGACCUGAGCAAGGUGACUUCCAAGUGUGGCUCAUUGGGCAACAUCCACCACAAACCAGGUGGUGGCCAGGUGGAAGUUAAAUCUGAGAAACUGGACUUCAAGGAAAAAGUUCAAUCAAAGAUUGGUUCCCUGGAUAAUAUUACCCAUGUUCCUGGUGGAGGAAACAAGAAGAUCGAGUCUCACAAGCUAACCUUCCGUGAGAACGCCAAAGCCAAGACCGACCAUGGAGCAGAAAUUGUCUACAAGUCUCCCACCAUGUCUGGGGACACCUCCCCCCGGCACCUCAGCAACGUUUCUUCUACUGGAAGCAUCAAUAUGGUGGACUCCCCCCAGCUCGCCACGUUGGCUGACGAAGUCUCUGCCUCCCUGGCCAAGCAGGGCUUGUGAUCUUGCCCAGCAGUGUGGUAAUCAUGGAGAGAGGAGAGAGAGAAAGAGAGAGAGAGAGAGAGAGAGAGAGAGAAAGAGAAAGAAAGAGAGAAAGAGAGAGAGAGAAAGGAAAAAAGAAUAAGUGUGCAGCCCUUCUUCCUCUGUUCCUUUCCCAGCUGUUUCUCACAGAUUACCUAAUUGGUGAAUGAUUUAACCUGCUGCUGGCCUUUGUGGCUGUAGCUCCAGGACCUUCAAAUCAGUGAUGGGAAUAAAAGCAAAUUUUGUCUUUACAAAUUGAAUUCUUGGGGCUAACAGUUAUAAUAAAUUUUUCAAAAUUUUUUUUCAAAAGAAAGCCCCACCCACAUUUCUCUAGGCCAGUUUGAUCAAAUUAUUCCUUCCCCUCCUCCCAAAGUGGGAAAUGGAUUGCUGUUAAUGCUGUUGCUGGUGAGUUCCAAGGAACCAGCCUGGUACCCAUCUCCUCCUCCUCUUCCUCUUCCUCCCCUCAGUCAUAGCAACAGCAGCAGUGGGUUUGAGACCUGCCUCACCCAGAGAUUCACAGAGACCCCAAGCCACGUUUGUGUCAGCAAGAGGGAGAUAGAGAAAAGUGAGUGGGGCACCUGUGCCCACCCUGCUAUGAGCAGCAGAGCUCAAAUGAAGACCAGAAGUGACAAGUUCUUAUAGGCACGAGUGCAAAACCAAAUAUACAGGGCGCUGUUCAGGGGGACGUCAGAGACAACGUCUUGGCUGGAAUGUUUGCUGAGGGGCUUGUUGUAGUCGCUGCUACUGUUUUGUUUUACAGUCCUGCGGGGAAGGGAGUCCUUUAUCACCCUGAACUUGUAAACUGCUCGGGAAUUGGUCUGGGCUUUCUGAAGCAUACUGGGAAUUCCUUCUCAAAGCCCACCCUAUGCCCAGUGAUAGGGUAGGGAGGGAGGACAGCGUGUCUAUUCUUAUCCCUUGACGGUACUGACUUUGCUGUGCUGCAAGCAGCUGGCCUUUGUUUGGGGGUUUUAGUUUGUUUGUUUUAGUUCUCCCCCGCCCCUUUUCCGUAGACCCCAGGGAAGGGUCAGAUGCCAGUAGAAGUGAUUUCCUUUCCCCUUCUAGUGUGCGGUGUCGGUGCCGUCUGGGUUCUGAAGGCUAGAACUGAUUUGUCAAUGAGAAUCUCUGUUCUUAGGGCUUCCCUGUCAUCUCUGUCACAAGUCUUAGGGGACCAUGGCCUCCGGCAUUGCGGCACAAGUGGAGACAAAGCCUUGUUCUUGACUGGGGCCGUCCUUCCUCCCCCCUCCCAGUUCUAUAAAAUCUGGGGGCCGUUGGGGCUCUCCAGCCUCUUUGGACUGCUUUGGGACCGAAAGGGAUAAUGGGUGCUAGGAAGCCACAGACCUCGGGUGACUGGAAAGAGGUUGAUGCUGAAGUCAUGUGCCGGUCCCUCUGGUGUGGCUGGGGGAGGAGAGGAGACACUGCAGGCUGAAGCCCGUCUUCUCACACCACUGACGGCCAUCUUUGUACUUUCUGUGUGCCCUUGGGACUCUACAGUUUGGUGGUUCCUAAGCUCAUCGCUUCAAAAUGUGGCCACCAUAAGCCAUGCCCCCUUGUCCUUCUUACCCAGCCCCUUAGCAAGUCCCUGAGGGCCCUGCCCUCCGCAGUCACCCCCUUAGCUAUACACGGCAAGAGGGAAUGGCAGGAGCACAAUCCCCCUACCCCUUGCGGGAGUGAACCCUAAGGAGUGUUGAUCAGGUUGGGGACGAGAGCUUUCUCUUUGGGGGAGAGGCCCACCUUUGGGCUCCAGAUUCUUUCUCCAAACCUUUGUUUGUCUCUAAUGAGCAUCUGUGGCUCUCUGUUUGGAAUCUCUUUCUUUCCCAAGUGAAUCUCAACCUUCCCAGUAGCCCCUUAAAAAGUCACUUUCUACUUCUGGGUAGUCAUUGAUCCUUGGUUCUAUUGCUUCAUGAUUCCUUUUCCUUACAGAAAAAUUGCUGUGAGUAUUGAACUGAUGUUCUCAAAAAUAUGGCUGGUUGAGAGAGCUGGAAGAUCCAAGCCAUUUCACAGGGUACAGAUGGUGACCCCUUCCCACUAUGGUCAAUUAUCCAUUACCUAUCAGUGAGGGCCCUGCCACUUCCAGACACAGUCACCAAAUCAGUUUUCCUUUCCGCUGUACUCUCUCCCCAGGGAAGGUACCUCUACCUUCUCCUCCCGCCCCCAUCCUUUCCAGAGAAUGCCCUAUCUCUCUCUGCCACUCUCCCCUCCCCCAACCCCAUAUUCAACUCAAAAAUGCUUCUGUGUUUGAGUUGUGGAAUAAGUGAACAGAGGCUUCUCCUUCCUUUAUUUCCCCAUCAACUUGUGGUGUAUAGUUGCAUUUGUCUUGUAUAUGCUUGGAAUUCACCAGGGUGAUGAUUGUAAAAAGAAAAAAAAUGGGAAAAAAAAACAAAACAAAACAAAACAAAAAAAAAACCGCAUGUAUCAUUAAG